CCUGAGAGACGAUGGGUGGCUGGGUUUUGACUUUCUCUCCCACGCCGGGAAGUAGGGCCAGAAGGUCACACACGCACACUUGUUCGCGGCGCUGGAGAGUGCAGCGCUGCCCACAGUACCGCAGGGCUUGCUCUUCACGCGUCGGGGUGUCCUCUGGUUUUCACCCUUCCCUGGGGGCGCCCCUUGACUUUACAGAACACUGUAAUGGUUCCUGGCCUCAGGUCCCCAUGGCGGGUCCUGGCAGUCCAGCUUGCGGUGUUGCUCGCCAGCGUAUUCUCGUACCACCCGCCCUGUGGGUGGGAGGGAAGAGCCAGGCAGCCGCCUCUCCCUUGUGCAUGGCUGAGCACUUUCGGGUGCAGCCUGGAGGAGCCUUUCUUUCGCGCCACUUAUCUAACCUCUGGGUCUCUCUCCAAGAUGAUGUGCGAGGUGAUGCCCACCAUCAGCGAAGCGGAAGGCCCCCCUGGAGGUGGCAGCGGGGGCCCGGGGCCCGGCUCCCCUUCGCAGCCAGAUGCAGACUCCCACUUUGAACAGUUGAUGGUCUCCAUGCUCGAAGAGAGGGACCGUCUCCUGGACACGCUGCGAGAGACUCAGGAAACGCUGGCAUUGACCCAGGGGAAGCUGCACGAAGUCGGUCACGAGAGGGACUCCCUGCAGCGGCAGCUCAGCACCGCACUUCCGCAGGAGUUCGCAGCCCUCACUAAGGAGCUCAACGUCUGCAGGGAGCAGCUCCUAGAGCGGGAGGAGGAGAUCGCUGAGCUGAAGGCGGAGAGAAAUAACACGCGGCUGCUCCUGGAACACCUGGAGUGCCUGGUCUCUAGGCACGAGCGCUCCCUCCGCAUGACGGUGGUCAAGAGGCAGGCCCAGUCCCCGGCGGGCGUGUCCAGCGAGGUGGAGGUCCUGAAGGCCCUGAAGUCGCUGUUCGAGCACCACAAGGCUCUGGAUGAGAAGGUGAGGGAGCGGUUGCGAGUCGCCCUGGAGAGGUGCAGCUUGCUGGAGGAGGAGCUGGGUGCCACACACAAGGAGCUAAUGAUUCUUAAAGAACAGAAUAACCAGAAAAAAACAUUAACAGACGGGGUGCUUGACACGCGCCGUGAGCAAGAAGCCGCACCGAGCACCAACGGCCAGAGGUCUUCUGACGGCUCCCUGAGCCACGAGGAGGACCUGGCCAAAGUGCUGGAGCUCCAGGAGGUCAUCGACAGGCAGUCGCGGGAGCAGAGCCAGAUGAAGGAGCGCCUGGCCACCCUCUGUGGCCGUGUGGCGGAGCUAGAGGAGGACCUGGACACGGCACGCAAGGACCUCAUCCGGUCCGAGGAAGUGAACACCAAGCUGCAGCGUGAAGUUCGGGAGGCCAUGGCCCAAAAGGAAGACAUGGAAGAGCGAAUCACCACUCUGGAGAAACGCUACCUCGCGGCACAGCGGGAGGCCACCUCUGUGCACGACCUCAACGACAAGCUUGAAAACGAGAUCGCCAAUAAAGACUCUAUGCAUCGGCAGACAGAGGAUAAGAACCGCCAGUUGCAAGAGCGCCUGGAGCUGGCGGAGCAGAAGCUGCAGCAGACCUUGCGGAAGGCGGAGACCCUCCCCGAAGUGGAGGCCGAGCUGGCGCAGAGGGUGGCGGCCCUCUCCAAGGCCGAAGAGAGACAUGGCAACAUCGAGGAGAGGCUGCGGCAGAUGGAGGCGCAGUUGGAGGAGAAGAACCAGGAGCUUCAGCGGGCCAGGCAGAGAGAAAAGAUGAACGAAGAACAUAAUAAACGCCUGUCAGACACCGUGGACAAGCUUCUCUCUGAAUCGAACGAGAGGCUUCAGCUCCAUCUUAAAGAGAGGAUGGCCGCGCUAGAGGAUAAGAACUCUCUACUGCGAGAAGUUGAAAAUGUGAAAAAGCAGCUAGAAGAAACGCAACAUGAUAAGGACCAGCUUGUACUGAACAUCGAAGCAUUGAGGACUGAACUUGACCAAGUGAGACUGAGAGGGACCUCUCUUCACCACGGCCGGCCCCACUUGGGCAGCGUCCCCGAUUUCCGGUUCCCGGUGGCGGACGGCCCCGCAGACCCCUACGGCAGCAGCGCGGUGUUGCGGCGUCCCCAGAAGGGCCGGCUGGCCGCUCUGCGCGAUGAGCCCUCCAAGGUGCAGACGCUGAACGAGCAGGACUGGGAACGCGCCCAGCAAGCUAGCGUCCUGGCCAACGUGGCACAAGCCUUCGAAAGCGACGUCGAUCUGUCUGAUGGCGAAGAGGACAGGGACACUCUGUUCAGCUCGGCGGGUCUGCUGUCACCCAGCGGGCAGGCCGAUGCCCAGACGCUCGCCAUGAUGCUCCAGGAGCAGCUGGACGCCAUCAACAAAGAGAUCAGGUUGAUACAAGAAGAAAAGGAGAACACAGAGCAGCGGGCGGAGGAGAUUGAGAGCAGAGUUGGCAGCGGAAGCUUGGACAAUCUUGGUCGUUUUAGAUCAAUGAGCUCCAUUCCCCCAUAUCCUGCUUCCUCGCUUGCUGGCUCCUCCCCUCCCAACAGUGGCCGGUCCACCCCCCGAAGGAUCCCGCACAGCCCCGCCCGGGAGGUGGACAGACUGGGCAUCAUGACGUUGUUGCCGGCUUCCCGAGACGAGGUACGCGACGACAAGACCACCAUCAAAUGUGAAACCUCCCCCCCGGCCUCCCCGCGGCCCCUGAGGUUGGACAGGCUGCACAAAGGCGCGCCGCACACGGUCAGCCACGAGGACAUCAGGGACGUCCGGAACUCGACAGGCUCGCAGGAUGGCCCCGUGAGCAACCCCAGCAGCAGCAACAGCAGCCAGGACUCGCUGCACAAGGCCCCCAAGAAGAAGGGCAUCAAGUCCUCCAUUGGCCGCUUGUUUGGCAAGAAGGAGAAGGGCCGGCCCGGACCCGCUGGCAAGGAGUCCUUAGGACAAGGUGGCAUUUCAGAGACAGAAAACUCAUCUCAGGAUGCCUUGGGACUCAGCAAAUUGGGAGGACAGGCAGAAAAAAAUCGUAAACUUCAAAAAAAGCACGAGCUGCUCGAGGGGGCCCGGAGGCAAGGCCUGCCCUUUGCCCAGUGGGACGGGCCGACAGUCGUCGUCUGGCUGGAGCUCUGGGUCGGGAUGCCCGCCUGGUAUGUGGCUGCCUGCCGAGCAAAUGUGAAGAGCGGCGCCAUCAUGUCCGCCCUGUCGGACACGGAGAUCCAGCGGGAGAUCGGCAUCAGCAACCCCCUGCACCGCCUGAAGCUGCGGCUGGCCAUCCAGGAGAUCAUGUCGCUGACCAGCCCCUCCGCGCCCCCCACCUCCAGGACGACCCUGGCCUACGGAGACAUGAACCACGAGUGGGUCGGCAACGAGUGGCUGCCCAGCCUGGGCCUCCCGCAGUACCGCAGCUACUUCAUGGAGUGCCUGGUGGACGCGCGCAUGCUGGACCACCUGACCAAGAAGGACCUGCGGGGGCAGCUGAAGAUGGUCGACAGCUUCCACAGAAACAGUUUCCAGUGUGGAAUCAUGUGCCUGCGAAAGUUAAAUUAUGACCGGAAAGAGCUGGAAAGAAAACGAGACGAAAGCCAGAGUGAGGUCAAAGAUGUGCUCGUCUGGAGCAACGACCGGGUGGUGCGCUGGGUCCUCUCCAUCGGGCUCAAGGAGUAUGCCGACAACCUCGUGGAGAGCGGCGUGCACGGCGCGCUCAUCGCCCUGGACGAGACCUUCGAUUUCAACGCCCUGGCCCUGCUGUUACAGAUCCCUACGCAGAACACGCAGGCUCGCGCUGUGUUGGAAAGAGAGUUCAACAACCUUCUGGUCGUGGGGACUGACAGGAGGUUCGAUGAGGACGACGACAAGAGCUUCAGGAGAGCACCUUCCUGGAGGAAGAAGUUUAGACCCAAGGACGUCCGUGGCUUAGCUGCUGGGUCAGCAGAGACUCUCCCCGCAAACUUCCGGGUCACGUCCUCUCUGUCCUCCCCCUCCAUGCAGCCAAAGAAGACGCAGCUGGACGGCAGUGUGUCAGGAGCGCAGAGGCUGGAUUCUGCGACAGUCAGGACUUACUCCUGCUGAGGCGCCUCCGCGGUUUACCCACACUACUUCUACCGGUGAUCAUGCAGCAUUCUGAACCCUACAAGGACUACGUUUUAGAAUUCAGUGGAAUCUUUAAUCUGUUAAUACUUGUUAUAUGGACCCUAAGAUAUUUUAUUACAGAGUUUUUAAUUAGUGAAAAAUUCAUGAAUACCAUAGAGAAAAUAUUUUAGAAUUUAAUGUUUCUUAUAUUUAUGUAAACUUAUGGCUUCAUUUAUAUAGUUCCUUACUUUUUCAUGUCUAUCCAGGCUAUAAAUAUCCUUUCAAAUCAACCCAUGUUCUUACACUCUAAUUUUAGUCUUUCAAAUGAAUAUACUGUAAUGCUUAUAUGUAUAAAUUCUAUGAACAAAUACAGGGCUUUUGUAAAUUGUGCAUUAUUGUAAUUACGGUUGUCUGAUUUUGUAACGACACGCCGGGACUGAGCGAGGGCGCGCCCGGCCCCGCGCAGCCCCCUGGGCCCGUCCUGGCUCCACCACGACCGUGGCGAGAGGAGCCGACUCUAAUGCUGUGUUUCAGUGACUGACCUUAACUGUCCUUUUUCUAGCAAAAAAAAAAAAAAAAAAAAAAAGCUUUAUUCUACCGCGUGAACAGAUGAAAAAACAUCUGGAGUUCAAGAGCAGCUUCCAGCGAGCUGGGCUGGGAGACGCCCCGCCCUUGGGCCGCUUGUCUGGUCAGUGCCUGGCGGGAAGGGAGGACGGGGCCUGGGGCAGCAGGGCCCAGAGGCGCCCCCGGGGCAGAGGACCAAUGAGGGCGCCCGCUGGCAGCCUGGCUGGAAACGCCUGGACUCUAACAAAGGCCUUAUUUUCCCUACUUAAAUCAUCUUUUUACAUUCGUUUGUAAACAUGUUGAAUGGACCUACUCAGAAAUUUUUAGAGUUUAAUGAUAGAGCCACUUUGGAUUGUAUAAGUAGAAACUGUAACUUUUACUUUUUAAAUGGCAUAUUAAAAAGCCAGCAAGAACCGUGUGCAGCCCCCGGUGCGUUAUUUAUUAUGCAGCUGACCCUUAGCCGGGUAGAGGUUUCUGCUCCGAAUUUACUUGUACAAUUCAUGGUUACCUUUCUGUUUUUCUAUUAAUCUUUUGUGAACUUCCAGAUUAUGUAACAAAAUAUGUACAGUCUACUUUUGAACUAUUUUUAUCACAGUAUUAUUUAUUGCUUUCUCUCAAUAAAGUACUGAAGCAUUUUCCACUGCCAAUAAAGAAUCCGAGAAUGAGCCGUGCCUGCAUUGG